UUCAGUGCGUCGUUCUCUGGCCCGGACGGACGCUUCUUAUUGGUAGGUUGCGACAGUUACAUCACGCCGCUCAUGACGCGCACGUCUUCCUGUUUCCUUCAGCCGCGUCUUAAAGUGAAUCUUUGUAGCGGAGGAGCGCUCCAGCAUCCAGUCCUCUGCAGCUCAGUGCGCCUCGGAGACGCACGCACGCUCAGCCCCUCUCUCUCUCCCUCUCUUUCUCACUCUCGUUCUCUGUCUAUGUCUCUCAAUUUCACAGCAGAGAUCAGAAGAAGAAACCAAAGCGCACGUUUCAUCUUUUAUUUCUUCAGUUUCGCCUUUUUUUUCUCUGGCGCCUUUCACUUUAUUUCAGCUCCUCUUGUCUUUCUCGGAUUCGGAAAAACUGCGCUCGCGGCUCCAUAUCCAGACAUCCGCGCUGCGUGAGUCUCCUUUCUUUCGUCCCCGCAGGAGUUCAGGUUGUCUUCUCCUCAUCUAAGGGAUACUGAGAGGUUUCGCCCUAGAGGACUGGGAUUGUGGGAAAUGGCCCAAUAGCAGCAGCCCGUGAUGCCGGACCAUGACAGCGACUCCCUCCUGAACAGACAGACCAAGCGAAGACGUGUGGACAUUGGUGUUAAGAGGACCGUGGGCAGCACAACCUCCUCCACAGCAGCAGCCACAGCAGUAGCCUCUGAUAACAUUGCUCGAGCCAAAGCAGCCAUUUUUAGUGCCAUGAACUCUCUGAGCUCCCAUUCUCUCCACGGAUCAGACAACGACUCCAUGGAGUGCUCUGUAGUGCAGCCGCAUGGUGGGCCUGGCGUUGUGUCAGCCAGUGACAGUGAGUCCAAGUCCAAUGUUCUCAGAAAGCUGCUUAAGAGGGCUAACUCUUAUGAGGACACCAUGAUGCCCUUCCCCGGCACUACCAUAAUCUCCCAGCUUCUCAAGAAUAACAUUGCUAAAAAUGGAGGGGGACCUGAAAGGGGAGAACGUGGGGACAGGGGUGAUAGAGGUGAAUCCGGCUUUCCUGGAUCAGGGCUCUCUAAUGCAAGUUCAGACGCCCCCCAAGAAGAUGCUUGCAGUAACUCCUCGCAGGACAGCACUCCUCAAGAGUGCUUGUCCCCGUUCGGCCGCCCCAGCCUCACCACUUUUGACAUUGAACGUCUCAACGAUGAACACCUGCGUGCCAAGCGAGCCCGCGUAGAGAACAUAAUACGCGGAAUGAGCCACUCACCGAGUGUGGUGGUGCCUGCCGCGUCCCGUCACGAGCGUGACCAUGACAUGGAUGGAGAAAGGGACAUGGAGAUGGACUGCCCUCCUCCUCAGUCACAGCAGCAGGCUCCCAGCAGCCCGAGGGGAGGUGAAGUGUGCAGCAGCAGCAGCAGCCGGGAGAACAAGCGUAAACAGCGUCUGCCUCAGCAGCAGCAGCAGAGCUUCACCCAGCUGGUGUGCCAGAGAAAGGAGCAGAAGCAGGAGGAGCGGCGGCAGCUCAAGCUGCAGCUGGAGGACAUGCAGAAACAGCUACGGCAACUGCAAGAGAAGUUUUUCCAAAUCUAUGACUCCACUGAUGACUCAGAACACAACGACCUGCACAAUGACAUAGGAAACAUGUCAGAGGACAGUCCAACUAGGUCUGACACUGGCGUAGACGAUCGGGGUGGAGACGACUUGCGUUCUGACAAUGAGAUGUCUGAUCUGGAUCCAGGCCAUUUCCUGGACAGAGCGCGGGCUUUGCUUCAGGAGCAGACCCUAUUGGCCGACAGAGACAAGCCAAGAAGAGACGGACUUGGCAGAAACAAAAGACAGGGAGGUCCAGGUGCCUCUAUGCAUGCUGAGGGUAAACAGCUGGCGGAAACACUUAAGCAGGAGCUCAAUUCAGCCAUGACUCAGGUGGUGGACACAGUGGUAAAGGUAUUCGCCAAGCCGCCACGCCCUACUCCUCAGCAGGCCUUCCCCCCCCUUUCCAUACCGCCUGAAAGAUUCCCUACUGCUGUCAACGGAGACAACCCAAACUUCCACACCGCUAACCAAAGGCUGCAGUGCUUUGGUGAUGUCAUCAUUCCUAAUUCACUUGAAUCCUUUGCGAGCAUGCCUAGCAUCCCAGGCACUGCCAACGACCAAACCGAGGCCCUGCCCUUAGUUGUGAGGAAGACACCUAGUGAGCACCACCAGUCGUCAGCUGUAGGGGCUCAUGGUGGUCAUCACCACCCUGCCCUUCACCCCUCUUCACUCUCAGCCACCAUGGGUUUCAGCCCUCCAUCCUUUAGACACCCUUUCCCUCUACCACUCAUGGGCUAUCCUUUUCAAACCCCUCUCGGAGGGCCCACAGGUUACACAGGCAAGGACCGCUCCUCCCCAGACUCCAUGGACUUGUCCCGUGAGACCACCAGCCUGAGGACCAAGAUGACAUCAGGGCACCACAUGGGCCAUCACCACCGCUCCUGCUCACCAGCACACCCUGGCAGCACAGCGGAGGGUCUCUCCCUAAUCAAGUCUGAAGAUUUUCAGGACAUGGCUGACAUCUCACCUUACUCAGGCAGCAAUAUUCAGGAAGGCCUGUCCCCCAACCAUCUGAAGAAGGCCAAACUCAUGUUCUUCUACACCCGCUACCCAAGCUCCAACAUGCUUAAAAUGUUUUUCUCGGAUGUCAAGUUUAACCGCUGCAUUACCUCCCAGCUGAUCAAGUGGUUCAGCAACUUCAGGGAGUUCUACUACAUCCAGAUGGAGAAGUUUGCCCGCCAGGCCAUCAACGACGGAGUCACCGGCGCAGAGGAGUUGAGCGUCAGCCGGGACUGCGAGCUCUUCCGAGCCCUCAACAUGCACUACAACAAGGCCAACGACUUUGAGGUCCCAGAUCGCUUCCUGGAGGUGGCGGAGAUUACCCUGCGAGAAUUCUUCAACGCCAUUGUGGCCGGCAAAGACGUGGACCCAUCUUGGAAGAAGGCCAUCUAUAAGGUCAUCUGCAAACUGGACAGCGAAGUUCCUGAGAUCUUCAAGUCCCCCAACUGUCUUCAAGAGCUUCUACAUGAGUAACUUGCUCCUCCUUCUCCUCCCUGCUCACCCACCUGAGUUUUCUUUUGUUUUAUCCAUUUCCAUAGGAUAACUUAACUUUUUGGUUUUUUAUUUUUUUAAUGUAUGGAGGUUUUGGAGUAGCAUUCCCAAUCUGAAGCCUCUUUGGCAGUUCCUAAAUGACGUAGUUAUUGUGUUGUUGUUCUAUAAUUAUGACAGUAUGUUUUGUUUUUCUGUGAUUCUGAAUUGAAAGUGACUCAGAUCCUUGAAGUUCUUUGGAGCAAGUAAACUCAGUUGUGACCUGAUCAACAUUACCUGGAAGAGUGGAGGGAAACCCCAGGCAGGGUUCCCGGAAAAACUGUAGAUGUGGGACUGUACCCCAGUUCUGGGAGGGUCCCUGACAGACUGUGCUACAGUACCUAACAGAACCAACACACAAAAGCACACACAAGCAAAAAUCUAAUGAGGUUAAAACUGGAUUUGUGGUUCUGGUCAGGUCUGGUCUUUGGGACUUGGACCAGUUUGAAAUGAUUUUUUUGAAGUGUGUUUUACCUGCGAGAAGGACAUUGUGUUUAUGGGUUGUACACUAUUAUUUUGAUCCUUAUUCUUGUUGUUUAUGAUUAGUAUUUGUUAUGACUACUUUUGCUGAAGAUUGGCCCUUCAAGAUUUGUUUGUCCUCUGAUGCCACUGCAGAAAAAUAAAUUAUUGCUAUUGAUAUUAUUCCAAAGGGUUUUGGGUUCUGAAACUUUUCCUCUUCAUUCCCCGUCAUUAUCCUUACACUUGAUAAAGGUUGUCUUUGAGGAAAACUGUUUUUUUUUCUCUUUUUUUUUGCUUGUUUGGGUUUGAGGUGGGACUUCUGAAUUGAUAUUUUGGUAAAAUACCAAUAUAGUGAGCUUCUUUGUCCCUGCAGUGGAAAACUUUACUUUCAAGCGUUAUAUUUAUAGAAGAGAAGAACAUUUCUGAAGGAGUUCCACUUCUGUCUGCUUCAUGAAAUAUCCCACUAUUUCUAUGUUCAGGAUCAGAAGCACAUUUUAAAAAAGGACAGAUAUGAAGGAAGGCCACCUUUCCAGACUUUUAUUGUGAAAAACCUGCAGCACAGGGUGAAUUGACAAAGUUGUAUCCAUACUUGAAUAUGUCUGGUGCAGUUCAAAGGACAAAAUUGAAGAAGCAAUGGAUAUUUAACUGCAAAUGACUGAAAACGUCACUGCUUUCCUCAUGAAAGCACAGACACUUUUCUCAUCUUCAUAUUCCCCCAAAGUGGCAACUGAAGGUCAGAGGUGAGUCCCUCCCCCAGAGAAGCUUUUAGAGUUACAAAGAGCACACCUGAAGGCUUCUUCUUCGUCUCUUGUCUCACCCCGGCGGCUAUUCCCACCCAAAGUGGGAAUAUUUUAAAGCUGCACACAUUUGUAUCCAGCCUUAAAGGCUCCUAAGAUUCUAAAGAAUUAUUUCAGAAUAACAUUUCAUUAUGAAUUUGCUCUUUUUUUAAGCUCCAAUGUCUCACCUUGGCAACUUCAGUUCCCAUAUUGUCAGCUCGUGUCACAAAAGAUCAAAGGAGCCAGGUAGCUUCACCUGCUGACUCGUCUAAGCGACACAAAGCACUCGACAAAAGACGGCAGAGAAAGACAGGGAGCUACUCCCUUCAUUAUGUCCCCCUCCUUCACUUCCCCAGAUGGUGUUCUUCUUAAAGUCAGGAGCCCUGAGAGAGCGACCCGGAUAUGUUUCUCAAUUAAGGAUGGGCUAGGCCCAAAACGUCUGAGUCUCAAAGCUCCAGUCGUGGGCUCUAAGGCACGGCAGACAAAAGGAGAAAGGACACUUUGAUCUGAUGUUCAGAUUUGAUCAUUCCCACUGCCACCCUCAGUGUCCUCCUGCAACUCCACCCUGAAGUAAAAGAGCUUCUGUGUGCAAAAAGACCCAUUCAGAAAAAACGGAUGAGCAAAUGAAAAAAAAGAAACCCUACUGUAUUGCAAAUACUUUUUCUGAAGCAGUUUGAUAUUCAGAGUGAUAAUGCUGAAAAACAUACACACUUUUUUUGUAUAACUGUACAAUAUAAAUCUAUUGAAAAAACAAAAUAUAAAUAUAUAAAUAUAUAUACAUAUAUAUUUCAGUUGGGGAGUGUUUGAAAAGCACCGUUAGAUACAGUUUCAUAAAACAAAUCCAGAGGGUAUUUUAAGCGGUUUUUUUCUUCCAAAACCUGCCCUGAACGAGUCAAUAUAUUUAAAGAAAUUGGUUUUGCAGGUUUUAUGACCAGUUUUCUUACUUUUUUCUUCCUUUUUGUGUCUUGUAUUGUGUGAAAUAAGUGAAAAUAAAUGAAACUUGGAAUACAUUUUUAAAGUUUGAAGAAAUGUUGUGGAAACUGUACAUAAGUCUGAAUGAAAUGGAGCAUGGCUGUACUUAAAAAAAAAAAAAUCAGUGUGUGUGCGAGGGGAUGAAGAGGAAGGGUUUGUAAGGAAAAAGACAGACUAAACCACUCUGCAAGUGGACUUGAAGUGUGGACUCUUCCGAACCGCACAGUGAAGAGGCUUUUUUCUUCCCUUGCCAUGCUUUUAACGGGAGCCUGUCUCCCCUCGGCAGUGCCCUUGAAGUUGCACCAGCAUCCUUUCCUUUAGCUUUUCUGACUGAGUGAUGCAGCGAUGACCUGCUGGCACCACUGGGGUCUCCACUUUGUCAAAAGUUUAAUCUAAAUCUGUUUUCUCUGAGAAAAACUAGGGAAUUUGUUGUCAUCAGAAGAUGAGUGCCAUGGAAAGAAACCAUGUAAAGGAGAUGAAAACGAAGCUUUUUUUUUUUUUCAGAAAGUGUUUUUGUGAGCUUUGCAUCACUUGUGCUUGUGUGUACAUGUGCUGUGUAUGACUGAGCGUCUGUGUGAGAGAAAAGACCGAUUAUGAGAACCUGUGAACCAGAGUGUGACACAAUUCUCAACACUGUGGCUCCUCCCCCACCCCUGGGAGAACCAUCCUGACAUGUAAAUGAUUCUCAUUAAGCGUUGGCAACAUGUGUUUGGUGUGUGCGUUGUGAUCAUUUCCUCUGAUCUGUUUUUUGACCCGUUUGGAAGAGGGUUUUGUUUCUCCGUGCUGAUAGUUUUAAUUCCUUUUCUAACUAUUAUUGUUAUGGCAUUGCUCCUCUGUCAUUGUAAAUAGCAACGAUGAGGACUUUCAGUGAUAAAUACUGCCUUUGUAUAACUUAGCAAUAUGUUCUGUAAAUAGUGUUUCGUUGAUGCUUUUCGUAUGACAUUAUUAUUCAAUUCUAGUGCAGUAAUUCCAACUGGAACAGCCAUGAUUGAGUGUGAAUCGUUUCAAAUUGUAAAAUAAAACUCUUGACAUGGCUGCUUUUUUGUUUUUUUGUUACUGGUGUCUAUUUGUCUUGCAGAUUUUGUGUAAUUUAUUGGUUUAAUUUAUCCUAAUUUAUUUAAUGUUUUUUUUUCUUAUACAAGGAAGGCUGUUAUGGAUUCAAAACUUAAAUGAUUUCGUCCUAAUCCUGUUAAAUCUGACUUAGGAAUCACCUGUUUGACAGAAAUGGUGAAUGGGAAUCUCGGCAGCUAAGUGGACCUGAACAGUUGCAGAAAAGGGCGUAGGGCGAAUUGGAGCCAGUUGGGAAAAGAUGUUCUGUAUUUUUUUUCUUAUUUUUUCCCUCUAUAUUGCUUUGGCCCAGCCCACAAACAACCAGUAGUCAAACUGCCUUACGUGCCUUUACCCUCUAUGAACUGAAUGUAUGUGCGGUAUAUAUGCAAGCUUCUGCAAAACGACUAAAAAAGGAAAUAAAAAUGAAAAAGAGUGAAAAAA